AGACAGAGAUAACGUCAGUCAAGCACUGAAAGGAGUAAAAUCAAGAAUCAAACAAGUCCAUCCUCUGAGCUCAAAAUGGCACCAUUCACCAUUGCAGUUUCAUCAUGUGCAUUAUUUAGACAAGAUAAUUCCCCAGGAGUUGCUUUUCCAUUAAUCAAGGCACUUAAGAUGGUGAAUCAACGUUUGAGGGAGAUGGAUCCAGCCGUUGAGGAGCCGUUUAAAAUAGUGUUGAUAGCUACGUGUAACAACAUGGAUGACCUCAAAAAGAGAAUUGACCACUAUAUCUGUGCAGAUCUAAAAAUUGAGAUUGUGAGAUUGGAAAAACCCAUCCUAAAACACCUUGAGGAGAUCAAGCCUGUUCUCUUCCUUUCCACAAACGAACAGAAUGUGAGAGAGGCCAUCAGUGCAGAAUACGGAGCAGCCACUAUGUUCCAGAGAGAUUACCAUGAGUACAGGGAUGAAGUGUUACGUGUGGCCUUUGAUGGUGAUGGAGUCCUGUUUUCAGAUGAGUCAGAGAAAGUCUACGCAGAGAAAGGUCUAGAGGCUUUCUUUCAAAAUGAGCGUGAUAAUGAGGCCACACCUUUGGCACUGGGUCCUUUAAGUGAGUUUUUUAAAGCUUUGGAAGGUCUCCAGAAGAGACACCAAAAGAUUCCAAUUCGUACCUACUUGGUAACAUCACGCGGCUCAUCAAGUCCUGGAAUCAGAGCCCUAAAGACUCUUCAGAAGAACAAUCUGGAGAUAAAUGAGGCAUUCUUUCUGAGUGGUGCCCCUAAAGGGCCUGUGCUGAAAGCAAUCAAUCCUCACAUUUUCUUUGAUGACCAGAUGACACAUGUUGAAGGAGCCCUUCAAAAUGGGGUAAUUUGUGCUCAUGUACCUUAUGGUGUGAAGAAUAAGUUAGAAUAAAACCUAAUCUUACAUAUAAAAGGGUGAAACUAUAUUUUCUUCCGCAUUAUAGUUUAAAAUGUCAGGAAAGCUACAUUUGGUAAUUAUUUUCUGUCUUGUUUCUUAAGGCUUAAAGUGUAAAUUAAAUUAAGGCAAAUGCUGAUUUUAUGGUAUUGU